GGACAAGAUGGACGACGUGCAUGACGCCACUUCUUGUUGGCUGUUUGUAGUGUGGCUACCAGAAACGCUGCUUUCGAUUGGCUCAACAAGCCAGCUGGUGGUGGACGCCAUUGCAUCGUUGAAAACGUGAAAUCGCGAAAUCUGCUGGCCAAAGAUGUCUGUUGAACCCUCUGUAAAAAGGAUUCGUGGAGAAGGAAGCUCUGUGAUAGAAGCCAUUCAGACUUGUUGCAAGUACAUAGCAGAUUUGAAGCAAGUGUUUAAUCAGAGGUUUUCUGUUCUUGAAAGCAAAGUAGGCAUAAUGGCAACAAAUUUUAACACCCUUCUACAAAGGAUGGAUGCAUUGGAAAAUUUGGUAAAAAGAUCACUAAAAUGUGAUAGUCACAAACAUACAUGUUGUGAGGAUGUGUUGGGAAAGAUUGAGCGAAUGGAGGAAGCUUUGAAAUCUGUUUCCAUUAUGAACCAGUCAGCAAUAUCAAAAGAUGCAACAGACUCAGGAUCAGAGAGUUGGUCAUCUCCUGUAGUGUUGGUACGGAAUAAUAAACCAGCUCAAGUCAGUGCCUCUGUUGGACUGGACUCAACAGUUCAGGUUAUUACACUAAACAGUGAAAAUGAUUAUCCUGAUGGCUCUUGGCUAGGGGAUGAAACUAAUCCUGAGUCAAGAGUUCGAUGUGGCAUAACUCCAGCUAACCUCCUACACAUCAAUACGUUCUGUCAUAGUCCAGAAAAAAUGGCUGUUACGUUGUUGGAUUAUUUAUUUCCAAGAGAAGUUCUGGCAGUUUCAAACCUCUCUGGGAAGGGAAAGCAUGGAAAAAAACAACUGGAUCCACUUAUGAUAUAUGGCAUUCGUUGCCAUUUAUUACACAAGUUCAAUAUUACUGAACGAGACUGGUACAGGAUAAAGCAGAAUAUGGACUCUAAAUGUAGAACAGCAUGGAGGAAGAAGGUGCGAGGCCUGCCUCUUGGAGGAUUCAAGAAUACUAGCUCAAACGAUGCUUCCAGUCAUCAGCUAAUCUGUGAAGAUGGUGAUCCACUUAUUAUAACCUCAAGUCAGUUUACUGAAGAUGAUACUGUAGAGGAAAUAGAAACACAGUUAAUCCAUACACCAGAGGGAGAUAUUAAGGUGUUGCACGCUACUCCAGAGCAACUCGCCAGACUCCAAGAAAUGCGUCAUGUUCAAGUUUUCAGUGAAAGUUUGGUAGUACCUGUUCUUCAUGAAAGUUCUCAUAUUCUUGAAACUGAAGAAUCAGAUGUACCCACUGAUGAUAGUCCACCAUUGACUAUAGUAACAUCUAGUGGCAAUGUCACUCUUGAUGUUGCAGAAAUUGCAAGAAAUAACCCAAAUUUUCUUGAAGCGCAAGAUAUAUCAAUGGGAGCAGCACAAUUAUUGCAAGCUGAAAGUGAAGAAGAAAACUCCGAAAACAUAGUUAAAAAGAGUGGUUCGUGUUAUAUAGUCCCUGAGUAGAGCAGAAAGGAACAUCACCUAUGGACAUUAAAUGAAAAUAGAGGGGAAGUCUCCUUAAACAUUCAGUUUAUCUAAUGGGAAGAGUUUCUGUUGUUUCAUUCAUUGCAGGCAAAGAAAACAGCUGGGUUUUUUUUUUUUUUUUCCUAAUUAUGACUGACAGAUACUACAUUUUUCUUAACAGCCAUUGACACACUGUUUAACAAACAUUGAUCUGUUCCGUGCAAAAACUAUAUUUAAGUAAGAAAUACAAGUGGCAACCAUCAGUGUGGAGUAUUAUUUACAAUAAUGAAAUGAACACAAAAGGGAGAAAACGUAUACUAGUUCGUCAAACCUCUCAAGUGUGAAACUGUAUUUUUAUAAUGUACAUUUGAAUUAUAUGUAGGUAUUCCAUGUUUACACUUUGAUUUAUAAUAAAUGUUUGCAAUGUUUCAUUCUCUUUAUGACCCACACCUGUUGUUACGUUAAGGAAUUGGUUAUUGUUGCUUUGACAGUUUUUAUUAAUUGAUUGAAUAAAUAUGUGUAAUUGUAGCGAUUUACUUGCACUUCGAAAUUUUUGUGGAUUUUCUAUUUGCUGUCUCAGUGAAGCUAAAAUUCAACAAUAUUUAUGCCA